CCAUAAUAAUAAACUCCAAGGAUUUCUCCAAUCGAUCCCCAAUCUGCACAUUCAAAUUACCAAGUAGUCACGAACAUCAAAGGAAACAUUUGAGCUAAACAUCAUCUGAGAUUUCUAAAAGUUCACAUUUCUAAAAGAAUACGCACAUUUAGAAAUGAUUCAUCAUAUGCCUUACAAUAGAUAAUGGAAUCAUCAACAAAAAAGCAAGUGUGUCUCGAAAGAUGGCUAAGAAUUGGGAACCCAAGAAGCCCGUGGAAUCCGAAACGGAAUCAGGGGAGGAAGAAGAUGACGAAGCUACUUCUAAAGACGCUGGCUCGCAGGAUUCCGACUCCGAACCCGAUCUAGCGCAAGUUAGCAAAAAGCGCUCAUCCUCAACAUAGGCAACUCCCAAGAAAGCCCAACCUCAGUCCUCCUCUCAACCCCAACCGCAACUGCCUUCAUCCUCUGAUGAGGAGGAGUCUGGAUCUGAAUCGGAGUCAGAGUCCGACGAACCAGACCCGAACGUCAAGCCCAUAGCAUCCAAGCCCAUGGAAAAUGAACAGAAAUCCAAUGACGGCGCUAGGAAGCUCAGAUCCAAGCCCAUUGCUUCGGAUCUCGUAACUCCUGCUAAAUCCACCGCCACAAAACGCCCUGCCGAAGAGAAAGAAACGGAGACUAAGGAUGCUAAGAAGUGGAAGAAAAAGGCCGAGCCCGACACUUGCGAGAAAAAGUCUACUGAUGAUUCGAAGAAAUUGCUUUUCCAGAGGCUUUGGAGUGAGGAUGACGAGAUUGUGAUUUUGCAAGGGAUGAUAGAUUAUGUGAUCAAGAAGAAGUUCGAUCCGGUUGCUGACUUGAGUGCUUUUCAUGAUUUUAUUAAGAAGAAUUUGCAUGUGGACGUGACUAGGACUCAAUUACAGGAUAAGAUUAGGAGGUUGAGGAAGAAGUAUGAGAACAAUAAGUGCAAAGAGAAGGAGGGUAAGGAUAGGACCUUCUCGAAGCCACAUGAGCAGAAAGCUUACGAGUUGUCCAAGAAAAUUUGGGGGAAUGAGAGUGGGAAAGAAAAUGGGGUUGAAAAAGUGAUGGGGAACGGUAGUGCACUGAGGAAGAAUCCAAGCAAGAGGCCUAACACGGUUGAAAAUGAGGAAGCUAAGGAUGUGAAGAGUGUGGAGGUUGUGAAUAGUGAUCCGGAGAGGUUGUUGCCAGCCAAGCGAGUGAAUUCUGGUGGUGUGACUGUGGAGGAGAGGAUUCUGAGGAUUGGGGCAGAGUAUUUUGAAAGCGGAAAAGGGCUCGAGGGGGAAAAAGAAUGGAAGAAGCUGAGAGUCGAGGAGAUGGAGGUCAACCUGAGGCAGUUGGAGGUGAAGACUGCACAGGCAAAGCUUAUUCUGGAUGCUGUGAAGUCCGGGGGUCACUGAAGCUGUAGACAGGUUAUGUCAUAUUAAUGCCUUGGCAGUGUUAUAACUGUAGGAUUUUGGGUAAUUUGUGUCUAUGCUAUGGAUGGAUUGUUAAGCUAAUUCUAGAUUUUGGGUAAAAAAAAAAAAGCAAGUGCGGAAUUCGAGGAGCAUCAUGCGCCACCUUUUGAAUAGCCCCUGUUUCCUCAACC